AUGUUCGCCCGCACCGCCCUCCGCGCCUCGGCGCCCAUCGCUCGCGCCGCCCCGGCCGCCCGCUUCUUCUCCUCCUCUCCCGCGCGCCUCGUCAAGAUUGGCGAGCUCCUUCCCGAAGGCGAGCUCCUCCAGGAAGGAUCCCCCGGCAACAAGGUCGACCUGCGCAAGGAGGCCGAGUCGGCGCGCAACAUGCUGAUCAUCGGUGUCCCUGCUGCCUUCUCUCCCGCUUGCAGCGCGAGCCAUAUCCCUAGCUAUAUCCAGCAUCCUAAGACGCAGGAGUUUGAUGUUAAGGCUGUUGUUAGUGUUAAUGAUGCUUUUGUCAUGAAGGCAUGGAAGGAGAACCUCGACCCCGCCGGCGAGUCUGGCAUCCGCUUCCUCGCUGACCCCUCGGGCGAGUUCACCAAGGCUCUCGACCUCACCUUCGAUAGCAAGGCCAUCUUUGGCAACGACCGCUCCAAGCGCUACGCCAUCAUUGUUGAGGACGGCAAGGUCACCAAGAUUGCUGUUGAGCCCGAUAACACUGGUACUGCUGUGUCGUUGGCCGAUAAGGUUUUGGCUUAG